GACAGUUAGGUUUGUGAGAGAGAGAAUGAUAAGAAAAACCCUUUUUGUCUGAGUAAGAGGAAACCAAAAUGGAGAUGGGUUCCAACUCGGGUCCGGGUCAUGGUCCGGGUCAGGCAGAGUCUGGUGGUUCCUCCACUGAGUCAUCCUCUUUCAGUGGAGGGCUCAUGUUUGGCCAGAAGAUCUACUUCGAGGACGGUGGUGGUGGAUCCGGGUCGUCUUCCUCUGGUGGUUCAAACAGACGUGUCCGUGGAAGCGGGUCGGGUCAGUCGGGUCAGAUACCAAGGUGCCAAGUGGAAGGCUGUGGAAUGGAUCUAACCAAUGCAAAAGGUUAUUACUCGAGGCACAGAGUUUGUGGAGUGCACUCUAAAACACCUAAAGUCAUUGUUUCUGGUAUCGAACAGAGGUUUUGUCAACAGUGCAGCAGGUUUCAUCAGCUUCCGGAGUUUGACCUAGAGAAAAGGAGUUGCCGUAGGAGACUCGCUGGUCAUAAUGAGCGACGGAGGAAGCCACAGCCUGCCUCUCUCUCUGUGUUAUCUUCUCGUUAUGGGAGGAUCGCACCAUCACUUUACGGAAACGCUGAUGCUGGAAUGAAUGGAAGCUUUCUUGGGAGCCAAGGGAUGGGAUGGCCUAGUGAAAGAACGUUGGAUACGAGAGUGAUGAGACGGCCCGUGUCAUCACCGUCGUGGCAGAUCAAUCCAAUGAAUGUAUUUAGUCAAGGUUCAGUUGGUGGAGGAGGGACAAGCUUCUCAUCUCCAGAGAUUAUGGACACUAAACUAGAGAGCUACAAGGGAAUUGGCGACUCAAACUGUGCUCUCUCUCUUCUGUCAAAUCCACAUCAACCACAGGACAACAACAACAAUAACACAUGGCGAGCUUCUUCAGGUUUUGGCCCGAUGACGGUUACAAUGGCUCAGCCACCACCUGCACCUAGCCAGCAUCAGUAUCUGAACCCGCCUUGGGUAUUCAAGGACGAUAAUAAUGAUAUGUCUCCUGUUUUGAAUUUGGGUCGGUACACCGAGCCAGAUAAUUGUCAGAUAAGCAGUGGCACAACAAUGAGUGAGUUCGAGUUAUCUGAUCACCAUCAUCAAAGUAGGAGACAGUACAUGGAAGAUGAGAACACAAGGGCUUAUGACUCUUCCUCUCACCAUACCAACUGGUCUCUCUGAGAGAAUCUUCUUACAAUGAGCGAUUCUGCAAUAUCUUAUCUUUUGUUUCUUUUUUUGUUCUGUUAUCUGCUACAUUAAUAAACCAGACAAUUGUUG